AAAUGCUCCGCCCAAUCAAUACUUUUCAUGCAUGAGAAUUGGACUAAAACUCCGCUCUUACGCAAGAUGGCUGAUCUUGCUGCAAGAAGGAAGCUUGAUGAUCUAACUGUUGGCCCUGUCCUUACUUUCACGACUGAAGCGAUGCUAGGUCACAUGAAUAAAUUGCUUCAGAUAUCAGGAUCGAAGCUUCUGUUUGGUGGUGAAGCUUUAGAAAACCAUAAUAUUCCUGCUAUUUAUGGAGCUAUUAAACCUACUGCUGUUUUUAUUCCACUCGAAGAAAUACUGAAGGACAACAAUUAUGAGCUUGUAACCAAAGAAAUUUUUGGUCCAUUCCAGAUUGUUACAGAAUACAAGCAUAAUCAGCUUCCAUUGGUAUUGAAAGCCCUCGAGAAAAUGAAUGCCCAUUUAACAGCUGCCGUGGUUUCAAAUGAUCCUCUUUUUCUACAGGUAAGGAAAGACUGCCAAUUUACUUAAAAAAUUCAGCCCCUA